AUGUUAGCAGAAAUUGUGGUUAUUUGUUAAUUUUAACUAGUAUAAUUAAAGUAUGCUUUAAAAAAUAUUAAUAAUUUAAACAAGAUCUAUAAAAAAAUAAAAUUUUCAUAAUUUGGUAAUAUUUUAAUAAAAUUAAAAACAUAUUUUAAAUUGAUGUUUAAGGCUAUUUUAUUAGUUUUAUUUAGCCUUUUGCUUCAGUUUUUAUUAAGCUAAAACAUUUUCAAACUUUCUCAGAUUUUUAAUUAUAGCACUUACACUGGCAAUAAAAUGGAAGACUAAACUAAAUAGGACUAAACAAAGAAUAAUGAAGUGACAGUUUUUAAUCACCAACUUUCUCCUCUAAGCAUGUAUUAUUGCACAACAGGGAGUAUGGAAAACGCUAAAUAAAUAAGCUAAUCUUUAGUAGAAAAAAAACUAGCUGCUUGCGUUAAUAUCUUAGGGUAAGGUGAAUCUUCCGUUAUAAGCAGUGUCUAUUUUUGGGAUAAUAAAGUGAAUGAAGAUUCUGAAUACUUACUAAUCAUAAAAUCGAGAACUGAGCUUUUGCAAGAAAUAGUUGAUGAGAUUAAAAAAAUUCACACAUAUUAAGUCCCUGAAAUCAUAGGAACUCCAAUAUUUGGUGGAAGCAAGGCUUAUCUUGAUUGGGUAUUUGAAAAUACUAAAUAACCAAAUAAAUUGUGA